AUGAAAAUUUUAUUACUUGUGGAUAAUGUUACUUCCUAUAAUGUUGAUAAUCUUGAAGAUUACCCAAAUAUCUUAAUUUGUGAUUUUGAUAGAAGUAUUGAGGAAUCAAGCAAAAUAGAUAUAUUUCAGAUUGAAAUCUUAUCUAGCCAACAUCUUGUUAAAAUUUUCCAAGAAUUGGAACCAGCACCUAAUGAUGAUCUUGAAGCUCAAAUCAUUCAAAUUCCUAAAAUUAUUACAACUCAACAUGAGGCCCAAGAAGUUAUUGACUUAACUGAAGAUCUCCACCUUCGACAACUCACUCAAGACUAUCUUGAUGAUGAUGAGUCUAUUAAGACUGAAGAAGCUUUGGAUGAUGAACUAAUUAUAGAAUUGGUUAAAAAUCUAAUUGUUAAUGAUAAUAGGUCUGAUGACCAAGUAGAUGAAGAACCUAAAAUUAUCUUUGCAGAAACCAAAAACAGCCUUCUCACCUUUAUCUGCCAGCAAUUUUUCCAGAUUGAUAGUUUUAUUAAAGAAAACGAUGAGGUUUUUUUUAUGAUUUUUUUACCCGAACACAUUGAGCUUCUAUCAAAUUCAUGA